AUGGCAGGCCGCACUAACCACUCACCGUCCGCGCUGCACGGAGAGGCUCACCUGCCCCCCACAGCCCCCCUCCGGAGCAAGCCCCGAAGGGAGGGGGCUCAGCCCGCCGCAGGCUCCCGCCUGUACCUCGCCCCCCCUUCCUCUUCUGGGGUGCAGCCCUCACCCCCCAUCAGGCGGGUGGACAAAGCCCCUGCGGGAAGCGGCAGCCCCGUCCUCCCCUCUGACUCUGGCAGCGGGUCCCGAGCGCCCCUUAGCUCUGUCAGUGGGGUGGACCCAGCUCCCAGCACCGCCACAGAGACCACUGUGACCGGACGCCGCCGGCCCGCCUCUCCCGGGGCCUCUGUGCCACCAAGCCUGCUGGCCGCCCCGGCGCCGCCCCGGCACCGCCCCGGCACCGCCCCGGCCGCCGCCCAGCUCGUCUGCUCUGGGUGGGCGCCCCAGAUGCUGAAGCGAGAGAACGUGAAGCGGCAGCGGCACGCGUUUCACAAACGCAAUUUCGUUGACUCAGUGGGACAACUGGGGAAACUGAAACUGUCGGAAGGGCGUUCAGGGACAGAAGCAUUGCGCACUGCCAUGACCACCACCACCACCACCAUGGCCACCGGCACCGUCUUCCCUGAAGGCUGCAGGGAGAAAGCUGCGGAGCCCCUGGGAAGGGUGCGCCAGGCCAGUGGCUCACUAGCUGUCCAUACAGAGUGCGGCCCCCUGAACAAGGGCGGGAAGGGGCAGCCGGAGCUCUGGCGUUUCGGGCUGUACUUGCUAGAGGUGGGCUUCAGGAGGGGGAAGGGGAAAAAAGGCGAGAAGAGCGGGGACGGCGCGCGGAGCGGAGCGGCGCGGCGGGCGCGGCCGGAGAGGGAGCGGCGGGCGCAGGCGGCGGCGGCGAAGGCGAAGGCGCAGGCGGCGGCGGGCGCGGCGUUGGCGGCGGCCCCGGCGGAGCGAGCGGAGCGGGCGAGCCCGAGGCACAGGCGGCCGCGCCCGCGCGUCCUGGCCGGGCCCGGGCCCCCGCGCGCCCCGCAGCGCCCGCAGCGCCCGCCGCGCCCGCCCGCAGCGCGGGGGACCCGGACCCUCCGGGCGCCCGGGGGCUCCGGCCGGCCGGCGGGAGGGGGCGGGGAGGGGCCUGCGAGCGCCCGCGGGCGCGGCCCGGAGCGGCCGGGGGCGGCGGCGGGGGGCUCCCCCCUCCCCCCGGGUCGGGAGCCCGGCUCGGCCGCGGGGGGGGCUCCGGACGCCCCGCGGAUUCGCAACUCGCCGCCGGAUCGAGUCGUCGCCGAGGAGCCGCCGGGGAAGACCCCCGCCCGGGCUCCGCCGAGCCCCCCCCCACCCCCGGUCCCCGGUCGCCCGCGGCGGCCGAGGCGGAAUCUGGCGGGUCCCCGCUCGCCCGGGCCCGGGGAGGGGGCGCCCCCGGACGUGGGAGCGGCGCCCCCCGCGCCGCGCGCCUCCCCCACCCCGGCGGGCACCGGAGCCGGGCCCGGCGGGCAGGCCGGGGAGGCGUUCCCGCGGCGGCCCCCACACGGGCGCUGGCCGGGGGUCUGCGGGAGCCCCGCGCCGACCCCGGAGCGCGCCCCUUACCGCGCGGCCCCCUCCACGCGUGACGGCGGCCCGCGCCGUCCCUCCCCCGCGCGCGCGCAGAGCUGGAGGCGGGCGGAGAAGCCCCAGACGCCCCCUCGCAGCCUCGCCGUGGACCCCGCGCUCGCGGAGGAGACCCUUGAGGUCCCCCCCAAUCAGGCCCCCCGCCACCACGGCCACGCGCAGACGCCUUCGCCCGUCCCCCCCCCACACCCGGGGGUCCUCUCCGCUCGGUCGGACGGUGGGCGCGGAGGCGCCUCUCUGAACUUUGGGUCGGCCCCGAGCUCGGCGCCGGGCACUCCCGGGUCCGCGUCCCCCGGGCCUCCGCCGCCGCCGCCGCGCUCGCUCUCCCCGAGCUGCCGGGAGGAUCGAGCGCCCCCCGCCCCCUCCCGGGAGCCCGGGGGCUCCGCGUCGGCCGGGGACCCUCCCUCCGGGUCGCCGCAGCCCCGAGGCAGGGAUAGCAGCCGGGAACCGCGGCGCAGAGGCGGCCGGGAGGGCCGCGGGAGGGCUGCGGCGAGUCCGGUCCCUCCGCCUGGCCGCGGCGGCUCCUGCUUGGUCACUGCCAGGCGGAGCCGCUUCGCAUUCCUGCUGGGGAGGGGGCUGGGAGGUCUGCGCGUCCGCCCCACCCUGGGGUCCGCGGAGACCCUCGGCGCCCUGACCCAAAACCCACAAACCCACGCCCCCUCCGAGCGAGCGCCCGCCGAAGGAGAAGCGCCCGCGCAGGCGGGCGGAGGCGGGCGGAGAGGGAGGCUGGGGCCGGGGUCCUUUUCCGUAUCUGGAGGGCGGCAUCCGGGGUGUGGGGUCCUCGGGAACCUUCUGGCGCCCUUUCCUCGGCGAACCCUGCGGCCUGGGGAGCAGCAGGGCGGCGGAGGGACAAGCCGCCUCCCCCGGACCGCGGGCGGCCGUGAAACUCCGCGCCCGGACGCGGCCACCGCCACCGGGUCUGGCUUGCAGUACCCGAGCAAGGUCAAGCAGCGAAAGAGGGGGAGGGGGCUCCCGGGAGCGCCCCCGCCGGCGCGGAGUCGGGCGCCCCGGGAAGGGGGUGUGGGCAUCCCGCCGCCGAGUCCAUCCCGCGUGCCCGCCACCCGCGCCCGGUCCCCGGAGGCGGACGUCGCGCGCGUCCGGAGAUCCCGGAGCGCCCGCCGCCGCGAGGCCCUGCGCCCUCCUCUCCCGCUUGCUCGCGGCGGCUCUGCCCUGUUUUCAUACUUGUUGCACCGGGGUGUGGGGAUGGAAGGCCGGCCGGGGGAGCCCUGGCGCCCGGGCUGCCCGGAGCCGAGCCCCCCAGCCCAGGCAGGGGAGGCGUCAGGCCGGCGCGCGGCUCGCGGGCGGCGCUGCGCGGGGAGCGCGAACGCGGAGUUUGCCGCCGCGUUCCGGGCGCGGGCGGGCUCCAGUCCCCGCUGGGCCUCGGUGGCCGCGUCAGCGAAAUGGGGACGCGGAUUCUGCUCCCGGGACCGUCCGGGCCCGAGAUCCAGGGCUGCGGGUCCGCAUUGUGCCGGGGCUGCGGCGUCCGAGCCGGCGGGGUCCCCUGGCAGCUCGGCGCCUGCGGACCCAGCCGGGAGGCCGGGCGAGCGCGGGCCCCGGGCAGAGCCGGCCCUGCGGCCGGGACCCUCGGCCGCUGUUCGCGGCACCCCUCGCCUCCUAGCCGGCCCGUCUGCCCGGCCGCGCCUUCCGGGGCGAGCCGGGGGCUCGGGCCGGGCCCCCGGGGCCGGGCUCCGGGGACGCCGCGGUCUCCAGGCCUCGGGGAGCCGGCGCCGGGCUGCGGUGGCGGAGGGCGGAGGGCCGGCGCGCUGCCCCGGAUCACCGAGAGAGGGCGCCCGCGCCGCGCCGCACCGCGCCAGCCCUGCCCGCCCCUUCCGUCUCCUGCGCGGCCGGCUGGCCGGCGCUCGGGCCCCAUCUUGGGCAGCACCCGGCGGCGGCGGCGCGCUCAGCCCUCUCUCCCGUCUCCCGGCUCCCACUGCCAGGGCGGGGACGCACCUGGCCUCCGGGCCCCAGCCCGUGUCAUUUGCCUCUCCCCCGCUCUUCUGGCCGCGGGCUGCCGUGCACGGGCAGGGCUGUGACGCCCUGCGUGCCGGCUGCCGCUCCCUCGUGGCCUUCCAGCCUCCCCUGCAGCAGCUGUGCCUUGGCUCUGAGAGCCGUGGCCACUGUCCAGGGACGGCAGCUAGGCGCGAAGCGGGACCCGACCGGCCCCAAGAGCGCGUAGACUCUGCAGGAGGUUCAGGGGCCCCUGGGGCUCUGCCAGUAGUUGGUCACCGGCCUCGGGAGCCUGAAGGGACAGCGGGAACAGCUCCGCGUCACCCAGGCCUGCGCAUGGGGACUCAAGACCACGGAGGCCGCUUGGUGUCCCCCACGCCCUGGCGAGGGGACCAAGGGCCAUCCCGUGAUGACGCCGUGAGCGGCGCUGCCUCCUGCCUCUGCCGGAGCCCCGUCCCCCACCCCCGGGCGGCCACCGGCGGCCCCGGCCCUGCACCCGAGGAGCCCGGCGGCCCGCGGGGUGGCGUGCGUGACGCGGUGCCCGCCCCAGCCUCGCCCUCGCCCGGCCCCGGCCCCCUAGCCCCAGCCUGCCGCCAGAGCCUGGCAUGUCAAGGCCUGGCCCGUGCCUGCCUGCCCAGCCCGCGGAACCCUGGCGGCCCCGCGAGCUAG